UUAUCAGAAUGCAUAAUUUUGUUAGAAGAUUGUUAUUAUGAUCGGUUAUCAAAUAUGAUCACAGGUUAAAUAGAACCCAGUCAAGCAUCUAACAUCGCUACUGUCAAUUAUUGAUCCUUUUUAGUCGUACUUCCGGUUAGCCAUGGCUGUAGCGUUGGAGGAUCUGAAAUUCACUUUACAAGAGGUUCUUGACACUUUUAAGUCAUGCCUCUCUGAACACAAAGAAGUAUUCCUUGAACAAUAUGUAGCAGGGUGGCGUGGUCUCGUAAGGUAAGUUUAAAUGCUACAGUAAACCUAGAUGCUCAGGUAAUUACUGGUAGCUGGUAAACUACCUGACCUCCAGGACAUCUAACGUUACAGCACCCGGUGUCACAGCAAUGCAAGAAGAUCAUCAAGGAGGACCUUGGCCACCCGAACCAUGGCCUUUUCACCCCGCUACCAUUUAUAAGGCGGAGACAGUACAGGUGCAUCAAAGCUGGGACCGAGAGACUGAUAAACAGCUUCUAUCUCCAUGCCAUCAGACUGUUAAACAGUCACCACUAGCCGGUCUGCGCCCAGUACCCUGCCCUGAACCUUAGACACUGUCACUAACCGCCUACCACCCGGUACUUUACCCUGCACCUAAGAGACUGCUGCUGCCCUAUGUACCUAGAGUCAUUGAACACUGCUCACUUUAGUAAUGUUUACAUGCUGUAUUCUAGUCAUGGCUCAUCCUAUAUAACUACUGCUAUACACACCUUUCUAUUCACGUUUUGUCUAUACUGUCUAUUCACAUACAUAUAUAUUUAUAGUCCGGAAGCUAAUUUCCUGCAAUUCUAUCAAUUUUUCCAUGGGGUUUUGUACUGUGUAUUUAAAUACUGUAUUCUCGACAUAGCUCAUUCUAAUAUUUCUGAUACUCUUGCAUUUUAGUUACACUGUUUAUACACACCACAUAUUUAUUUAUAUACUGGAUUCUUGACAUAGCUCACUGCUGUACAUAUCAUUCUUAGUAUAUAUUGUGUAAAUUAAUCUGGUGUAUAUACUGUACGUAUAGAUUGCAUUUGGAUUACUGUUGUAGUGCUAUUUGGGUUGUUAAUUGGAGUCGUUCUGACAUUUCUUGAUUUCUUGUUUUUUUAGUUAGUUUUUUUCUUUUUUCUUUUUUACAUUUUACUGCAUCGCUAGGAGCUAGUAACAUAAGCAUUUUGCUGCACCUGCUAUAACAUCUGCUAAAUUGUGUACGCGACCAAUAAACUUUGAUUUGAACACUUCCCGUUUCAUUUAUACAGUUUUUCACACUGUUUAUUCAUAUAAUCCUACUUUAUUCUCACAUAGCACAUUGUAAUAUACUGUACUACUGUACAUUGUAUUUUUGUUACACUGUUUAUACACACAAACUUUAAUUUGAUUUGGCCUUGGGCUAAUGUAAACAAAUCCUUGAGUUUGGCAUAGUUGGCAAGCCAUACUAAUCAGUUUAUGCACAUAAUCUAGUUAGGUAUUCUUUAAAAAAAGUCAUAGUUUAGCUCAAUUUAAAUUAUUCUGGUUGUCUCAAUAUAAAGCUAUUUAGCAUAAUGAAAUAUUUGAAGACUCUUGGGUUGGGUAGGCUUAUAUAAGAAUGCAUCAUGGUAGUCCAAUAUAAUGGCUUUUAUGUGUCUGAUUAAAAUGUGCUGUUGUCCAUUAUUUCCAGAUUCAUGAACUGCCUGGGGAGUGUGUUUUCCUUCAUCUCCAAGGAUGCCGUCAACAAGAGCCUGGUCAACCAUCUGAACGGUGAGAACGGGGCCCACUACGUCACCGUCCAGUCUAUGGUCAAAUAUGAACUGGACAACCAACUGGUGGACCUGACCAAGAGAGGCAGUUUCCCAGAGUCCGGCUGCCGCACCCUCCUAAGGCUGCACCGUGCCCUACGCUGGCUGGAGCUCUUCCUGGAGAGGCUACGAACCAGCACUGAGGACAGCAAGACCACGGUCAUGUGCUCUGAGGCCUAUAAUGAGUCCCUCUCCCAACACCAUGCAUGGAUCAUCCGCAAGGCUGCCGGCACAGCGUUCUGGGCUCUCCCAGGGCGUGCUACGUUCUUUGAUGUGAUGAAUGUAGGGAGCCCAGAACAGGUGGUGGCCAUUCUAGGGGAUGCCCUGCCUCUCAUCUCUGAGGUAUACCAAGUGACAGAGGACCUCUAUGCCCAGAACAACAUACUGGAGUUGCCCUAGUAGGCUGGAAGUACUGUAGUAGUAGCCUGGUGGUCCCAGAUCUGUUUGUGUCUUACCAACUCCAAUGGAAUUGUUCAU